AUGCAAGGCCUAGGCCAUGAUGCCACCAAAGGCACCAGGAUUGGUGAAGCCUCAAACCCCGGGCCUGGCCCCAAGCUCCUGCAGCAGCUUCUUGGGGGCUUAGAUAUAAAGAGCAUCUUGCGUGAUCUUUUGAAGCAGCUUCUUCAGGAGGUUGCUUCUGGCCAAAGUGGUCCCCGAAAGCGCAAGAAGAAACAUCGCAACAAACUUUCGCGGGCUUUGGGCGGCUCUGGAGCCACCCCCAACGAUGAGCCACGGAACCCUGCACCCUCCGCUCCUGCCCCCAAGGGCGCGGGAAAAGACAAAGGCAAAGGCAAAGGCAAAGGCUCAGGCAAGGGUGACGGAUGGACUCCAGUCGUUCGCAAACAGCGGUCUCUAGGAGAUUUUGCGCUCCGUUCCCAGGACUGGAACUCGCCGAUCUUUAAGCCCAGCGAGCUCGGUGCGAAGCUUGAUGGUCUGGCCGAUGGUGACACCCUCCGGGGGAUAGUGCUUGUUCAGUCCGAUGAUGAGUUUGCAUCUAUCUCAAGUGUUCUUAGGGGGUGUCCCAAGCCUCACAAGAUGCUGCUACUCCGCCCGUCGAGUGAGGAAGGCUCCCAGCGCGUCCCGGGGCAGGUUGGAGACCGGCUCACUUUCAGGAACCUCGCUGUUGCCACCUUUUGUUCCAGCAAUUCUUCCGGCGAAAUGCCGCAGUUUCAGGGCUCGUCAGGUUCUGAUGCCAAGCCCCUCAAGGUCAAGAUUACCGAAAGUGCUGUGCUUUAUGUUCGCCUCUCCAAGCUUUACUGCGACCCUAAACUUUGGGCUUCUUUCGAGCGGGCUGCUGCUAAGGAAGCUCUGCAAUGGGCGGCUUGCCGGCAUGUGCAGGCUCUUGACUCCUUUUCAUGGUCCCGUGAGAAAGGCAAGGCAGGGGAUUCGGAGCAGUUUUUCGGGCUUCUGCGAGUUGCCAAGAAGGACAUCGGGCCUCUACUUUCUUCGUCUGGGCAGCAGGGGGUUUUUGUGUCGGCCCCGCGGGGCCUUCCUGAUGCCGCUGCUUGCGAGGUUGCUUGGGUUGACCGUGCCCCAAAGGAGAAGCCAAAGGAUUACCUUGAAAGGGUCACCCGCGUGUCUUCUGCGCACGGCCUUGCCCUGUCCAACAUGCGUCUGGGCUGGAGGCGGCCUCUUGACAAAGAUGAGGUUCCUGUCAGGGUGUGGAAUGUGACUGAUGUUCCCCGGGAGUGGGACCACUGUGCUGUUGCAGAUUUGCUUGGCACUGCCUUUGUUGAUCCCGUGAUUUUGUCCCACCGCUGGGCCAAGAAAGCUAUCACCUACCGAUUUAAGGCUAAAGUGAAAGCAGGGGGCGAUCGCGAUGUCGUGCCUCUCAUCUGUGAACACUUAGGUGCAAAUGUCACGCUCUGGGCGUCACUAGCCCCACCCCGCAAGCAACCGACAUUCGUCAAACCCGUCUAUACGCACUCGGUGCCUGUUGUCAAGGCAGCUGACACGCCGGAGAUCCCCACGGAGACUGUUGCAGUCCCCACUGCCAAAACUCAGGACGAGGAUGGUAAGGACCAGUCACAGUCCAAGCAGGCAAAGCAGGAGGUGCGUCAGUUUCCUUCUGACCUCAAGCUUGUUGAUUGCCCUCGCGAUGGCAACUGUGUUCUGCAUGCAUUCUCCAAAGCCCUCAAGCACUUCCGUGAUGAGGACCGACACCCUCGCAUUUUGAGGGCUGAGUUGGUAACCCACCUCCUCAAGCAUGAGAGGUACAGUCGCGAAUGGGAUCGCCUCGACCCGAAGGGGCAACCCUGCUCUGACUUCAAGGCCUACUGCAGUAUGAUUGAGAAGGACAGCACCUACCUCGGUGAGCUUGAAAUUGCUGCUCUUUCUCAUAUUUGUCAUCUUAAGACUGUUGUCAUCCCGCAGGGCCUUGACUUUCAGCCUGCUGCGUACAAUGCUCGUGAAAAGAAGGUUGCUGUCUUGUGGUUCACCCCAGGGCACAUUGACCUUGCCCUCCCGAAGGAUAAUGGCACCCAAUAUCCCGAGACAUACACCAAGGUGACACAAGGCCCGGUUGGGGCACUUCGUGCCGGGGGUGGCUCUCGGGCUGCUUCCUCUGAGGUCUCCUCCUGUGCCACUCCGCUUCGAAAACGCGCUGCCUCGGUUGUGUCGGGCUCUUCUGGCCGCGCGAAAGUUGCUGCGACCAAAAGCAUAGCUGCCCAAGGAUCG